UUGAGUCCGCGAACGCGUUUGGAUGUGUUCUCUUAAGAAAGAGUUACUGAUGCAAUCAAUCAUUUUAGUGCUGCAAAAGCGUUUUUGUUUUUCAAGAUCGGAAUUUGACCAUAUUGAUCGAGGACUUUUGCAUACCUGAAUGAUCGCAGCAAUUCAAGAAUUCAGCGAAGAGUCCUCCCUAAUAAUAAAAAGUGUCUGUUAAGCAAUCGGACAUUGGAAUCUUUAGUAAGAAGUAUCAUUAAAAAAAGAAAAAAGAAUUUGUCUAGCAAAUACAACUUAAAGCUAGAUUCUAUUAAGCUUUAGAGCUUCGUGUAUAAAAAGAAUAAAACACUUUUUCUAAUAAAAAGAGUGUUUCAUAAAUUUUUUACUUGUGCUUAUAAAAUGAACGGUAACGUAGUAAAAAAAGGAACAACGAUCUUGACCGGUAGACCAUUUGUCUUUGUUCUUAGAUCAAAGUAUAGAACCACACGAUGUGACAAUUGCUUCAAGAGUGAGCAAUUAGUGAAAUUGUUAAAAUGUUCGAGUUGUCAAUAUGUAUAUUACUGCAACCGUAAUUGUCAGAAACAAUCGUGGCGAAUACACAAGAGAGAAUGUGUAUGUCUGAAGAAAAUAUUACCAGUAAUAUUGCCAGAUUCCGUCCGACUCGUGGCACGUAUAAUUAUCAAGCUCAAACAAGGUGGGGCCGACGAAAUGGACUAUUACACAAAGGAAAACUACAGAAAAUUUACGGAUCUAAUGUCUCAUUAUUCGGACAUGAGAGCGGACGCGAAGCAUAUGGAACCUUUCAUUAAAUUAUACAGAUUUUUAGCAGAGUUUCUCGAUGAAACACUCAUGCCUAGUAUUGCAGAAUUAAUAAGUAUUUAUGGCAAGAUGAGUACUAAUCGUCUCAACAUACAGGAUGAGUGGCUGAACGUUAUUGGAUUUGGCAUUUAUUUGGGAGCAUCCGUAGUGGGUCACAGUUGCAAACCCAAUGCAGUCGCCACUUUUGAAGGAACCACUAUUAUUAUCCGAACAUUAACGGAUCUUCCUUGUUUGGAUUGGUCACAGAUAAAAAUAUCAUACGUCGACUUAAUUAAAUCUAAAAAGGACAGACGCGAAGAACUGUACAGUUUGUAUCAUUUCUGGUGUGAUUGCGAAAGAUGUGAAAAAGAAGAAUCACUGACCGAAGCAGCCGCCUGUCCAAAUUCAUCUUGUGAUUCUCCGUGUUCGAUCGAUGCUGACAAAUGCGAGAAGUGCAAUACAAGAAUAUCUGUAAAAUUUAAGGAGACGUUUCAGGAAGUUGUGGACCUUACUGACUAUCAUUUCGAACAUAUAAUAUCUAUUCUUUUUUUUAACGAUUUGGAUACGUUCUCUUGGAUUAAAGAGAUUCUGGAAAAACAGAAAAAUGUAAUGCAUAAAUUUAAUGUACAUCUUAUCUGUACUCUCAGAAAAAUUCAUUGUGCAGCAUGGAAUUUGAAGUGUUGGAAAGACGUAGAGUUUUAUGGCAAGAAACUCGAGGCAGGAUAUUUAUUCUACUAUGGGAAAGUGUACCCUCCAAUAGGAACACUGUAUCUUACGUUAGGAAUUGCACUAUUGCACUUAGGAAAACCGAAAGAAGCUUUCAAAACAUUAAACAAAGCGUAUACAGUGUUAAAGAUAACGCACGGUAAUAAGCACUUUUUAGUGAAAGAAAUAUUAGAACCAUUGCGUUUUGAUGCUUCUAUGCUGUCAUAAUUUUCGUCAUCAAAAUAUUGCUUAUGAGACAUUGUAAUAAAAGUGUUAAAAAUACAAUAGAAAAUAUUAGAUAAUGUGCACGUUACAGUUGAAACUGUUUAAAUCAAAGAUCUGCAAAAAUAAAAUGCUUUUCUUUUAUUUUAUUUGGAGCGGGUCUUACCAACUUUAAAAAAGUAUGUAUAAUAUAAUUGUUCUUUAACGUUUGUUAUUAUUUUAAUUUGUACUCACGAAUAAUCUUUUAAUCUCUUUAGAUACAAAAUUUCUAAUUCAAUACACGUUAUUUUAUGAAAUCAAAAUAAUGUUUCUACAACAAUUUAUUUUAUUUUUCUAAUUUUUAACAUAUCUUAAUCAAUGUCUUUUAUCAUUCUAGCCAUCUCGUGCAAAAUUCAAACAGUUGUCAAAGUUAAAAAGAAAUAUAUCGAGUGUUCUGUAAUAAUUUAAUAAAAUUAAUUUGUAUCCUUUUUUAUUAUUGCAAAGUAUUAUUACUGUAAUCUUCCGUUCACAUAUUAUUCUUUUUUGUUAUUUGAAAAUCAUAGUUACAAAUUACAAUUUUGAUUAAAAUUUUUCAAAAAUAAAUUUCUAAAUUAUCCAAAAUUAGUUACUAAUGAAUUGUGUGCAGUUUAAUACAUUGCAAUUUUAUAAAUAGAAACUAUAAUUCUUAAUCAAAAAGUCAAAAUGCUUCAGUUUUUUUUUAAAUACAAUAUUAUUUAAAACAAUAUUAUUUAAAACAAUAACAAUAUUAUUUAAAAUAAAAUUAAUAUUAUAUAAAAUUUUUAAACCAAUUGACCGUAGUUUUUCUAAAAAAAUAGAAAUAUUUUAUACGUGACAUCUUCUGGCUAAUGCAUGGAAUGACUGUGAUAUUAUAACGUCAUUUUUUAAAAUAUUUUAUACGUAGGAUAGAAUAGAGUGUUUUAUGCAGUGGUUAUUUCGUGCAACUCUGAUUUUUUUAAACAGUGUAGUAGAUAGAAGGCUGCCAUUCUACGUUGUAAUUUAAAUACGCAAUAGAAUAUGAUGUCUCAAACUGAUCAGACAUUUCAUGCGUAUUUUAUAGACAGAAGUUUGUAUUGUGGCACUGCAUAUUCAUUUAUUUGCAAAAUAUAUCGUUACUCCUGAUAAGUAUCUCGUUAUUAUUCUCCAUAAUCUGUAUAUUAUUUGUAGUCAUUGGGAUAUUUGCUCAAGAAAUAUUGUGCGUUGCGAUGAAAUAUUUAGUGUUUUUGCUCCAGAGCGCGAUUUAUGACAGAUGGACAUUGGCGGUGUUAAUGUGCAAUAUAGCGAAGCAUUAUGUAGUAUUAGAGUAUGUAAUAGUAUGUCUAUAUUAUAAAUUUUAAAAAAUAAAUGAAAAUAAGUCCAUUUGUUGCAUCGAAUGGAUGUCAGUUGACGCCUAGGCUCGGCUAAAGUACCGGCGCGGGCGUAGUACUUCGUCAUAAUUCAUACUUACACAUAAUUCGGCGUUAAAACAUCUAUAAAACAUGUAUAAAAUUUGUAUAAAACGUAUAUAAAAGUUUAUUUGACCAAAUUAAUAAAUAAUAAAUAUGUUAUCUUUUA